GUGUGCGCGCGCACGAGGGUGUUUCGUGCGUGCGUGUGGAUUCGUGUGUGCGUGCGUGUGUGUGUGUGUGUGUGUGAGGAAAAAGAGAGAGAGGGGGGGAGAGAGAGGUAGAGCUGUGGAUGGUGGAGGGACGCAGCAGGGCUCCAUCCAUCCUCCGGCUCCGUCAGGACUCUUCAUCUCGCUCACCGUUCGCUUCGUUCGGACACUUUUCCGAGCGCAGGGACGCCGACGGCCGCGCGUCUCCGGUUCCUCCGCAGAUCGCAGACAGGUGGAGGAGCGGGUGAGGAGGUGGUGUCGCCCACGGCUCGGCUCGCAGUUUUCUCUCUCCUCCCCGCCGCCGCCGCCUUCACAUCUCCGGGCUUUGAGGAAACUAACUGAAGGUGUGACGCGGAUCCGCAGGUGCGCUCAGGUCCGGAUCCUCCGCUGCGUCUCCGGGAUGUGAUCGCAGCUCCGGACGCGGCUGGGAGGGUUUGUGUGAGCGGCUGGAGGAGUUCACGGAGCGCUUCUUCUUCUUCUUCUUUUUCUUCUUCUGCCCGCUGAUGCUGCGCUUUUUCUCUUUGUUUCUGGAAUGGGAGCAACAAGCGGCAGAGUGCGGCAGCGGCAGCAGCGGCGGCGGCUCUGCGCUCUCCUGACGCGGACAACGCGCUGCUGAAGCCUCGGUGCGGGUGCUGGAUAUCCACCUGCGGGAUUACUGCGUCCUGAGCGGGUGUGUGUGUGUGUGUUAUUUUUUAUUUCUGGGAAUGAACUGUUGGAUUUCUGAAACUCUCCAAAGAAGCGCGGCGUCUGUUCCGAAUCCGGUCAUGGCCAGGCGCUCCGGUAGACCCCCCCAGCUGCUCCGCUUCCUGUGGCUGCUUCAAGCCCUCCUGGAUCUGGCCGGCUCCCAGGAGAUUUACGCGCCACACUCGAUCCGGGUGGAGGGCGACGUGACGCUGGGGGGGCUGUUCCCGGUGCACGCCAGGGGGGUCCCGGGGAUGCCGUGCGGGGACAUCAAGAAGGAGAACGGCAUCCACCGGCUGGAGGCGAUGAUGUACGCGCUGGACCAGAUCAACGGCGACGACGAGCUGCUGCCCAACGUGACCCUGGGCGCGCGGGUCCUGGACACCUGCUCGCGGGACACGUACGCGCUGGAGCAGUCGCUGACGUUCGUGCAAGCGCUGAUCCAGAAGGACACGUCGGACGUCCGCUGCACCAACGGGGAGCCGCCGGUGUUCGUGAAGCCCGAGAAAGUUGUCGGGGUCGUCGGCGCGUCCGCCAGCUCCGUGUCCAUCAUGGUGGCCAACAUCCUGCGACUCUUCCAGAUCCCCCAGAUCAGCUAUGCAUCCACGGCCCCGGAGCUCAGCGACGACCGGCGGUACGACUUCUUCUCCCGGGUCGUCCCUCCUGAUAGCUUCCAGGCCCAGGCGAUGGUGGACAUCGUGAAGGCCAUGGGCUGGAACUACGUCUCCACGGUGGCCUCGGAGGGCAGCUAUGGGGAGAAGGGGGUGGACGCCUUUAUGCAGCUGUCCAGAGAAGCAGGUGGAAUCUGCAUCGCUCAGUCCCUGAAGAUCCCUCACGACCACAAACCCUCUGACUUUGAUAAAAUCAUCCGCCUGCUGCUGGAGACCCGGUACGCCCGGGCGGUCAUCCUGUUCGCCUCCGACGAAGACAUCAGGGGUGUCCUGAACGCCAGCAAGCGAGCCGACCAGGUGGGUCACUUCCUGUGGAUCGGCUCCGACAGCUGGGGGGCUAAAAACAGUCCCAUCUACCAGCUGGAGGAAGCUGCCGUCGGAGCCAUCACCAUCCUGCCGAAGAGAGCCACCAUCAGCGGCUUCGAUGCGUACUUCACGUCACGGACUCUGGAGAACAACCGCAGGAACGUGUGGUUCGCCGAGUACUGGGAGGAGAACUUCAACUGCAAACUGAUGAGCUCCUCCAAGAAGGACGACAGCAGCAGGAAGUGCACAGGUCAGGAACGAAUCGGCAUCGACUCCAAGUACGAGCAGGAGGGGAAGGUCCAGUUCGUGAUCGACGCCGUCUACGCCAUGGCCCACGCCCUCCACAACAUGCAGCGAGACCUGUGUCCAGAAAACUCCGGCAUCUGCCCCGAGAUGGACCUGGCCGGGGGCAAGAAGCUGCUCAAGUACAUCCGCAGCGUCAGCUUCAACGGAAGUGCUGGUACUUCGGUGACGUUCAAUCGUAACGGCGAUGCUCCCGGACGCUACGAUCUGUUUCAGUACCAGUGGAACAACGUCAGCGGACCAGGAUACCGCGUGAUUGGACAGUGGACGGAGACGCUGCAGCUCAAUAUGGAGGACAUGCAGUGGCCUCGGGGCGAGCAGGACGUUCCCACCUCCGUCUGCAGCCUUCCCUGUAAAGCCGGCGAGAGGAAGAAGGUUGUGAAGGGCAUGCCGUGCUGCUGGCACUGCGAGCCCUGCGACGGCUACCAGUACCAGCCGGACGAGUUCAACUGCAAGCUCUGCUCCUACAACAUGAGGCCGAGCACCAACCGCUCGUCCUGCCAGCCCAUCCCCAUCAUCAAGCUGGAGUGGCACUCGCCGUGGGCCGUGAUCCCCGUCUUCCUGGCCAUGCUGGGCAUCGUCGCCACCAUCUUCGUCAUGGCCACGUUCGUGCGCUACAACGACACGCCGAUCGUCCGGGCGUCGGGCCGCGAGCUGAGCUACGUCCUCCUGACAGGGAUCUUCCUGUGCUACAUCAUCACCUUCCUCAUGAUCGCCAAGCCGGACGUGGGCGUCUGCUCCUUCAGGAGGAUCUUCCUCGGCCUCGGCAUGUGCAUCAGCUACGCCGCCCUGCUCACCAAAACCAACCGCAUCUACCGGAUCUUCGAGCAGGGCAAGAAGUCGGUGACGGCGCCGCGGCUGAUCAGCCCCACCUCGCAGCUGGCCAUCACCUCCAGCCUGAUCUCCGUGCAGCUGCUGGGGGUCCUGGUCUGGUUCAGCGUGGAUCCGCCCAACACCAUCGUGGACUACGACGAGCAGAAGACCAUCAACCCGGACCUGGCGCGAGGCGUGCUGAAGUGCGACAUCACGGAUCUGCAGAUCAUCUGCUCGCUGGGUUACAGUAUCUUACUGAUGGUGACGUGUACUGUUUACGCCAUCAAGACCCGCGGCGUCCCGGAGAACUUUAACGAGGCCAAACCCAUCGGCUUCACCAUGUACACCACCUGCAUCGUCUGGCUCGCCUUCAUCCCCAUCUUCUUUGGCACAGCACAGUCAGCAGAGAAGCUCUACAUCCAGACGACCACGCUGACCAUCUCCAUGAACCUGAGUGCGUCUGUCGCCCUCGGGAUGCUCUACAUGCCCAAAGUCUACGUCAUCAUCUUCCACCCGGAGCUCAACGUCCAGAAGAGGAAGCGGUCCUUCAAGGCCGUCGUCACGGCAGCCACCAUGUCCACCCGGCUGUCCCACAAAGCCAGCGACCGGCCCAACGGCGAGGCCAAGACGGAGCUGUGCGAGAACGUCGACCCCAACAGCUAAUUUCAUAAUUUAUCAGAGGUCCAGCAGCCAAGAAGAAAUAUGUGAGCUACAACGACCUUGUGAUCUAAUGGCAUUCCUCCAUCAGACUGCAGAGAGAGCGAUGACGGCGGGAGAUGUCUGGUCUCCUGCCCUGCUGGCUAAAAGCAAGAAACCAGAGAAAAAAAAUAGACGGACGGAAGGAUGUUUUUUUUAUUUUAAAAGUUUUGUGUGCUUCACGGCCCGCCAGAGACUGAGAAGCAAAGCCUGGUGGGACUUUUUCCUUUCAGACAUUCACUCGGUCGAAGAGAAGCGACAAAGCAAAGAGACGGAGACGCUUUUAAAAGAAAAAAAACACACAGAAGGCGAGGAAGAUAAAAAAUAACCCGAUGGCGGGAGCCGGCGGUCGUGUUGCAGCCUCCAGGUGGCGCUCGGUGGCGCUGGCGGGUUUCCACGCUGAUGAUGUCAAAGGAAGCAGCCGACCAGGAGCCUGCCUCCCUUCGUCUCUUUACGUACUUCCAAACUGCAAGUUUUCCAACCUUCCUGUCAACCCGUGUGCUGGUCUUUAUGGCGUUUACGUCGGCCUCCGGUCGGUCCGGUUUCCUUUCGUUUGCGAUGGUUCUGGUUCUAUUUUGCUUCUUGGAUGCACAAAGUUUUUUUUGUUGUUUUUCGUUUUUAUUAAAGCCAUAUUCUUCGCUUUGGGAUUUGGAGGGCUUUGCUCAUGCUGCCAACCGGAUUUUUGUCAUUAAACGUCAAAAAAAAACUUUAAACAAGCAAAAAAACUGGACGUCUGUAAAGCCACUGAAAACUAAUUUCCUCACUUAACUUCUUUACUGUGAGACGGCAGGCAUGAACAUCAUUAUUAUUAUUAUUAUUAUUAUUAUUAUUAUUAUUAUUAUUAUUAUUAUUAUUAUUAUUAUUAUUGUUCAAAUACAUUCAGAUAACUAAGAAAUUGCUCAAAUUGCCAAACCAGCAUCAAAUUUGGCAUUAUUUAUUGGCCACAAAUUUGGAAUAAAGUAAAAAGGAAGCCAUUUCCCAAGAUGGCAGACACUGGCAUCAUAUUUUUGUAUUUUUUAGAACAUCUUUUAACUCUUUAAUACAAUUUUUAUGACAUUAACUUUGUUCAAUGCAUUGUUGACACCUUCAAAUUUGAUUCUGGCAACAGAAAGCAUCUACAAACCUUUUAAAAUUCAGUAAAAUCUCUGCAAGUGCAAGAAAAACUUGACAUGAUUAAAACUCUAUAAAAUAAUUACUAUCCACUGAAAAAUGCUCCUAAAAAAAUCAACUUUCAGGUUCUCCAACAUUUCUGAAAACAACAGAGACAUCAGAGAAUUUCAAAACGAGUUCAUAAAGACUUCUGAACAACACCGAUUAUCUAAAUGUUUAUUACAAUGAGUUAAAACUCAGAUUUGAAGCUUUUCCUUCUCAUAUAUGACAGUCAACUAAAGACCUUUGGAGACUUUUAUGAGACUUUUGUCACCUCAGAGUCAUUUAAACUAGGAAAAAAAAGAUUAAUCGUGAGAGUAAUCAUUAGUAGCAGCCCCAGUUUAACGGAUCCACUGGGAUAAUUCCAUUUAUAUUUAGCCAAACUUUACCUUUUAAACCAGAAGAAUUAUUUAUUAGCAGCACCUGAUGAAUAACAGCUGUACCAACAACUGUCACUGAUACUGAAGGAAAUGUCAAAACAGCUGAUUUAGUAGAUAAUACUGCAAGUUGUAGAACUUCUGUCUUUUAAAUUGGGCUCAUUUAAAAAUGCAGUUAAUAUAUAUGAGAAAAGUUGAACUUAAGGUUCUACUAGUCAGUGUUCUAGAGACAAUUCUCCUCUAAAGUUAGUUGGAAACAUGAGCUAAAAAUCUGGAUUAAUUCACACAUUCCCAGCCAUGCUUUAAAUUGGAACUUUUCUAAAUGGAGUCUGGUUUGAUAAUGGUUCUUUCUAGAGCAGAAACUAACAUUUUCUGCUGUGUGGUCUAUAAAAUGUCAAAUAAAAUGAUGAAAAAUGUCCAUCAGUGUUUCCAAAAGUCUAAAGUAUUCAGUCUUCUGUCAUAGAGAAGGAAAGAAACCAGGAAAUGUUCUCGUUUAAGAUGCUGCAAUCACAGAAUAUAGACAUAAAACCAAUGAACCGAUCAUCAGUUAUUGCAGCUUUAGUAAGGAAACCAAACUCCAAUAACUGACUCCUCUCAAUGUUCAAACUUGUUUUAGAUUCAUGAUCUAAAACCCAGUUUUCAGAGGCUUUAACCAUCUAACAGGUUCCAUCCAAACUCGUAGCAUUUUCUUGGAAAUCCAUCAGUUCUUUUUCCUCCGUCAGACGCUUCUAAAAACCGUCUGCGAGUCCAAAAAAGAAAAAAAAAAGCUUGACUUUGACGUGGUAAAAAUGGUCCGCUGGCGCAGAGCCGAGAAGAAAAUAAAAAAAGGUUGUGUUUGUUUGAGACGUCUGUGGUCACCUGAUGAAAGCUUUCUCAUCCCGACAUGUGUGUUCCUUCUCCACACAAACACACAAACACACACACACACACACAACGACUUCUCCAGUGUUUAGUGUUUGCUGAUGAUGAUGAUGAUGAUGAUGGGCUGAAUAUCCGGUGAUUCAUGGACUACAACCAAAAGGUGUUGAUGUCGAGGUCGUCAAUGCAUGCCUGAUAUGUUUGAUGUUGAAACCGAAUCAGAUUUUAAAAAAAGAGAAAAAAGAAAAACAAAAAAAGAAGUAAAAAAAAAAGAAUCCUCACAGCACAGUCGAUUCCACCUGUCUGCUCUGAAUUGUACCGUUUCUGAUUUUCCUUUUCUUCCCGUUCCGUUACUCGGAUACUUUCUCACACGGCAGAAUAUGGCUUUGAUCGGUUUCUUAUUUUCCUGGAAACUUAUGGGAGAAAAAGAAGAGUAUAUAUUUAAAAAAAAAAAAAAAGAAAAAUACUUGUUUGGGGGGAAAAAAACAGGAAGCAUGUAUGUUUUCUACUGUUUGUACUCGGUAUAUUCAUGUUGCCCUUGCUGCUUAUGUGCCAACGUUGUGGGAGAGAUUUACAUUUGGCCACUCAUGCAACUAUUCUGUGGUGUUGUCCAAGAAUGUAUCAACAUGAAAUAAAAACAUUUGGUUAUUUUUUUUAUAUAUA